GAACCAAAAUGUCAGCGGGAUGACGUGUUUGCUGGCGUAAGGCUGCAGUCUGAUGGCUCCUACUAAAUGAAUGCAGUGGGAAUGGACGAGCAAGACACACUGCUGGUCAGAGAGUGCGCGCAGCUGACCUCCGCACACACUUCAUCACUUCAUCGGGAUUUCUUAUCAGAUUUCCACUUGUGAGGACUUGUGUCUGAUUUUUUUUUCUUUUGCAGAGAUACGUGUUGGUUGACCCGUCUCACUGUCUUCUUUAUUGAAGGACACGAGCGAGGACACAGCAUGCUGUCGUCCCUGAAGACCCUGCUGCUGCUCUCGGUCCUGUGCACACCGACCUCCAGCCUGUGCCUCCGCCUCUCCCAGUCCCGCUUCGACCUCCUGUGCGACGACCAGAUGGCAGUCAGGGUUCGGAACGACGAAAACGAGCCGGGUUACUCUCCCGUGGACGACUGGGGGUCCUUCCUGCAGUCCGCGGAGUAUCUCUCCUCCUCCACCUCCUCUUCUGCUGAGUCCAGCCGGGAAAAAAGGACUUCAAGUCCCGCGAACUACCGCUUCAUGAGCCGGACGAAGCUCAGAGGGCAGAUGCUCCGCAACAGCAGCAAAGGGGACCGCAGGAGCAGGCUGACCCUGUCCCUGGACGUCCCCACCAACAUCAUGAACGUCCUGUUCGAUGUGGCCAAGGCUAAAAACCUGCGCGCCAAGGCGGCCGAGAACGCACGCCUGCUGGCUCAGAUUGGACGGAGAAAGUGAACAAGUGGGACAACUUGGACUGAACAGCCAUGACCAGUGUUGGCCUCCACCUUGCUCAAAUGUAAUGAAUUACUUCUUAUUCAGUUUGACAGUAACAGUGUUGAUGUGUUUUCCAAGGGAAGAGUGUUUCCACUCACGUUACAGAUAAAAGAUUUCUAAUAUAGUUUAGUUCCUCCCAUGUAAAAGCUGUCUCUUAGGAUAUUCUGUGCUCCAAUGACAACACCAGAAAAACCUCCAUGAGGGAGAAUAAAUGUGACCUAAUCAAAAUUUUGUAACUAAAAGUUGGUGUUUCUUGAAUUUGGUUGAUAACUCCAGCAAAACUGAGACAGUAGUGACCAGUCCAUAGUCUUUAUGUCACAGUUUGUGUUAAAACCAUGCCUUUGUGGUGAGAAUAAUCCAUGUCUUUCUUAUGCAUUAUCUUCUAGCAGCAGCCACUAUCUUAGAGCAAGGCAGACUAAAGUCAACAGCAAUAAGGACAAGGUUGUUUUACCUGCAUCAAGAUGAUUUCGGGCAAGAAAACACAGUCAUGUUUUGCAUUGGAAAAAGGUAAAAUUGUCUCACACUUUGGCUUUGACUCCUUCCAGAUCUGAAAAGAAGAUCUGAAGACGUGCAGAUGUUUUUAAGUUUUGCUUUCAACAUGGACAUAAGCUGCAGUGAAGCAGGACUCCUCUCAGUAAAGAUGCUUAGUUUUUUUAUUUUUCAGCGAAAUGAAUGUUUAAUUUGGUUAGUUAGCCCCAGAGUCAUCAAAUUUUUAAUCAUGGGCUAAAACAAGGAGAAGAGAAAAGCAGUUGUGAUUUUUAAGUCUUACAUCCUUCAUGAAAGACCAAUGAAAUGUUUUGUAAUUCUGUUGCAUAAUCACAACAUUAGAUUUGAUGUGUUGAUGUUUUUUUUUUCUUCUUUGCUGCUUCAUUUAUUUAUCUACUAAGAGGUUUGCUUUUCAGACGUUUACAUGGGAGCUGAUGAUUUGUCAACACAACACAACACUGGCACUGAAAUACUGUACAAGCCAACUGCAAAAUUCUGAAAUACAGUAAAAUGCAAAUGCAUGGGAAUGUAUGUGUUCAUCAGAUGUCUGUUAUUUUUAUACUCAAAAUAAAGGAUUAUUUUUCCUCAAAUAAAGCAGA